AUGCUUGAGGAUAUGUUGCGAGCUUGUGUCCUUGAUUUUGGUGGGAUUUGGGAUGAACACUUACCACUGAUUGAGUUUGCCUACAAUAAUAGCUAUCAUGCUAGUAUCCAGAUGGAUCGCUAUGAGGAUUUGUACGGACGACAUUGUAGAUCACCUAUUGGAAGGUUUGAGCCGACUGAGGUAGGACUACUUGGUCCGGAUCUUGUACAUGAUGCCUUAGAGAAGGUAUCGCCAAUGAAGGGGGUUAUGAGAUUUGGGAAGAAGGGCAAGCUAAGCCCUAUAUUCAUUGGUCCAUAUCGAAUCCUGAAAAGGAUUGGUAAAGUAGCCUACAAGCUGGAGCUACCUACAUCAAUGACUUUGGUUCAUCCUGUUUUUCAUGUAUCGAUGUUACGGGGGUAUGUGCCCGAUCCUGUUCACAUCAUCUUACCGGAGGUAGUAGAGAUAAAUGACGGUUUAACUUAUGACGAAGAACCGGUUGAGAUUCUUGAUAGGCAAAUCCGUAGGUUGAGGACUAAAGACAUAGCUUCAGUUAAAGUGUUAUGGCGUAAUCAUGGCGUUGAAGAGGCUACUUGGGAGGUCGAGGAGGAUAUGAAAAUCCGAUACCCCCACUUGUUCGCGACUUCAGGUAUGACUGUUUCCUUGAAAUUUCGAGUUUGGAGUUUAUCAUGA